AUGAAACACACUUCCUCAUCAUCCCUCAUUAUUCAUCUUUAAACAAAAGCACAAUAAACCAUCAUGAAAGCAACUGCCACCGUGGCUCCGCCGUCGCCAAAGGCCUUCCGGCUGUCGCCAUGGCACACGCCGGUGCCAUACUUCUUCGGAGCACUCGCGGUGUUGUUGGGUCUAAUUGCUUUAGCUCUCUUGAUGUUGGCAUGCUCCUAUGGAAAUCUUGACGGCGAUAUCGAGAACGAUGGGGACCGAGAUAGAGACCUCGAGGCUGGAGAUUCCAAACCCGAUAAUCGCGAUCAAAUCAUAGUUCUCGAAGAGAAGUAUGUUGUGAUCAUGGCGGGGAAAGAUACACCAACUUUUUUGGCAACUCCGGUUUCAACCAUAGCGUCGUCAUUUGGAGGGUGUACUUGUAAUUGCCGGAGUAACUCGACGGAGAAAUCGUUAGAGGAGGAGGAGAAAGAGAAAGAGCGGAGUAGUGAUCAUCCAUAAGGGAUCAACUCCCUUGAUUAAAUGAUCGGUUUGGUUAACGGGGCCUGUUAUACACAUGUCACUUACAAUCUAACGUACGCUUUUUUUUAAACGGUCGUUAUAAGACUAUUGUUUGAAGGUUAGAGUUUACGUCGUAGCCUCUUUAAACGGAGCGUAUUUGAAUUUGGGGUGGUGUAGAAUUAGUAGGCCCUUAGUUAAUCAGGUAGUUGUGAUUGUUUGUUGCAUGGUAGAUUGGGGACUUGUCUUUUAAUUAUUGUUUUUUUUUUCACUUUUUAUUAGUUUAACUUACGGAAAUGCAAAGUUCCGUACAUUGUACAUAAAGAAUUAUUUCAUUUGUAAUUUAAAAUUUUAAAAUUAAAUCAUGCAAA